CUCGUCACCCUCCUCUACCGCGGCCCUGGACGAUUCUAACAGAGAGAGCCUGUUCGCGCGAUUCGAGAAGCACAUCAUGAGCGAAGUCACCUUCGCCAAGUCGUUCCUGGCCACUAUCGACAAGCGAGCCAUCAAGCUCUCGGCCGACCAUGUCAGCGACCCAAGAAAGUACCCCAGCCAAAGUCCCUUCAUUCUGCCCAAGCAGACACAUCCGUUCCCGCGCAAGACGGGCCCCACCUCGACACAGCAGGCUCAGGCGAAGGCUAUCACUGCCACACUAAAGCCUAUGAAGACUGGCGAGACUGUCACGCUAUCGGGCAUUGCUUUGGACUCGACAAUCUAUGAGAUAAAGUCACAGUAUGCCCAGCAAACGAGUCUGUCGCAGGAUAAGAUCAAGCUGUUGCUCAAUAAGAAGCCGACAGCAGAUUUGAAAACACUCAAGGAUCUCGGAGUGGACAGUGAUGUCGAGUUCAGUGUAAUGGUCAUGGGUGGGGGUGUCCCAACUCCUCGAGCACAGAGUCCGGCUGUGAGCGCUCCGAGCAGUGCGUUCGCACCUCCCCCUGUGCCAGCUCCUACAGAAUCAAGAGGCGAUCCCAUGGACGUCGACAAUAAAACUGGCGCGCCGGACAGUGAAGCUGCAGCGAACGAAGCAGCGGAAAAGGAAACGAGCGCGAAUAGUUCUGCGGAGAUACUGAAGACAGAUGAAUUCUGGACGGACCUGAAGGGCUUCCUGUCGCAGCGCUUGCGAGACGAGAAAGAAGGAGAGCGUCUAGCUACACUCUUUCGGGAAGUGAGCAGAAAGAAGUAGUACUCUGACCUCAGCUCCUGGUGGACAUUCAGGCGGACCCGCAAUGAAUAAGGUCGAGGGCUUACUGAAGACUGGCUAAUCUGCUUGGCUCGAGGACAACUUUUCAUGUCUCUGCGCGGUAUCGAUGUUGAAGCGCUGUCGCUCUGCUGCUGUCAUCACAGUCCACUAGAUUUGUGGGUCUGAAUUGCUCUAGGGCCGUUGCGAGUAGCUUCGAAAGAUUUCGCCUACAUGCAUCUGGACGCAGCAUUCUCAGCUUCAUCUCCAUAACCGAGCCGACGAAGAUGUCGACAUUCAAAUGUUGACCGCUAAUUGUGAUGUGGCCACAAUGGGUCAUCAGCGAUGGACGGCAACCCACUUCCGAAGAACCUGCUUAAAGCAGACGAUAAACCGGACCUGCGGGACGAUCAACCGCACAAGACAUAUACGAAUGAGAUAGGCAGCUACUGGUGUGCCAGCAAUGUUCUCAGCAUCAGGUAGGAACUUCAAGUAAUUGUGCGGCAGCUCCUGGUCAUCUCUGUCGACGAUGCAGGCACUAACCAUUGCGUGCCAUGCCUAGACGCGCCACGAAGCAUGAUUCCCAUGAAGAGUUUCCGACUCCACAUCACGGCCUUCUGUCUCUCUUCGUGGGUCCCAGAUGUCCAAUGUUAUUGUUUUUUCAUUUGACCUCGAUAGCUACGAAGGCUUCACAAUUCCUGUAGGAGUCCUAUCGCACCGCCGCUUCGAUACAUGCUCGUCAUGGAAGCCUUGUAUUACCUAUUCAAUUUUAGGAGAGCGGAACAUUCGCGUCUUUCAAAGGCUUGAAAUCAUCUGAGGUCGGGCAGCCUGGGAGAGAGAGCGUAAAGAGAGCGUGCGACAUAUUUGAACACACUGACUUCACUUGGAUGUUGCUGUGAUGUUAGCGAUUGUUCCAACACGUGCUCCAUCGCCACUAAGGCAGCCACCUGCAUCGUCCAUCGGAGAAAGGCUGGGUCAUCCAUCACUGCACGACCAAAAGGGAAGAAACGCCGCGUUCCACUACCACAUCGCCAAUGGCGGACCAAUGAUUGGCUCAAACAGCCGCUUGGCAACAGGGUUCACUUUCAACCUCGUCCUCAAACAGUGCCAGGCACCGUACCUGCAGAAGGGACAAGCAGAUAAUGUAGUGCGCAUGAGAUAGGCUAUCGCCUGAGACCGCAGGACAAGUGCCUUUAAUAUAUCUGCAGCCUUUCCAUCUUUCGCCACCGUACUUGGUUUGAUAUUCUGUCAGACGUCAGACAUUCUCACCAUCUCACUCUUUCAGCUCCAGCAUGAUGAAGUCCUAUGGGAAUGGGCUCCUCGCCGCCACAUUCGCAGCGCGGGCGUACGCUUGGGGAUCUCUCGGUCAUCAAACCGUAGCCUACCUCGCCCAACACUACGUCUCCAACCACACCGCCCAAUGGGCCCAAGCCAUUCUCAACGACACAUCCGCCUCCUACCUCGCCAACAUCGCCACCUGGGCCGACAGCUACCGCUACACGGCCGAAGGAGAAUUCUCGGCAGGAUUCCACUACAUCGACGCCCUCGACAACCCUCCCGAAUCCUGCAACGUCGAUUUCGAACGCGACUGUGCCUCUUCUGGCUGCAUCGUCAGCGCCAUUGCCAAUUACACUCAACGCGUCCAAAACCCUUCUCGCGAGCUAGAUGCCUUACAAGUCAACUACGCCCUGCGAUGGAUCGUGCAUUUCGUCGGAGACAUUUCCCAACCUCUUCACAACGAAGGUCUGGAACAAGGCGGCAACGGCAUCAAAGUCACUUUUGCCAACGAAUCCACCAACAUUCAUUCCGUCUGGGAUACUGCCAUUCCGGAGGAAUUCCGCGAUAUCCCUUCCAAUACUACCAGUACUCUGUCCGAAGCAUCCGCCUGGGCAAGUGAUCUCGUUGCAGAUAUUGAUGACGGAUGUUACACCCCCCUGGCUGCAUCGUGGCUUCAAGGAAUCGAUAUUUCCCAACCCCUCGACACAGCCAUGGUCUGGGCGCGAGAUUCCAAUUCGUAUAUUUGUUCCGUCGUGUUUCCCAACGGUCCCGAGACGUAUAAUGGCACCGAGUUGUUUCCCGAGUAUUAUUCCUCUGCGGCUUCUACGGUGGAAUUGCAGAUUGCAAAGGCGGGGUAUCGGCUCGCGGCGUUUUUGGAUGGGAUUGCCGCGGGCGAGAAGAAGGUGGGGACGUAUUGGGGAGGUCUAGGUACUUCUGCGAAUGAUGUGGUGAGGAGGGAGAGGGAGAGACAUGUCGAAGUCAAGAAGAGGGAUUUGAGUGGGAGGGAUUUGUUACCGAAGCGGAGUGGCAUGACGAGGAUGGAGAGGGAGAGGUUGGCGGAGAGGAACGAUUUGGGUUGUGGAUGUACGCAUAAGCAUUAGUUUGGCGGCAACCAGUUUAUUUUUGCUUGCUUGUUGUAGGGUAUGUAUCUAUCUAUCUACUUGGGUGGAUAGCUCCUCGCUAUCAGUCAGCCUGUCAUUGUUUUUCUGUUCGUAUACGACCAAGCCAUCAGGAAGCCCACCUAAGGUAGGUGUAGAUACUCGGGCACUUAUACGCUUUGCUUCUUUUGGAUCAUGUCUAUCUGCCGCUUUCCUUCCCAUUGCACUCUUUUGGGACUGAUAUAGCUGUCUUGUCACUCUGCUGCAAUUACAGCAAUAUGCCCGCGAAAUUCGCAGUCCACUCGGCCAUACAUACUCAGCCCUCUCUCUACC